GAGACAUUUCUCUGGUUGCUCUGUACAUGACCAAUGGCAAGAUUAAGCUCUCACUGGGGCACAACAGAGUCAUCUACCAUAAGAAGAAGAGCAAUGAUGGAAACUGGCACAGAGUUGUGUUCAGUGUGGAGAGAAACACUUUCCAUCUGGUCGUGGAUGGGUUUCGUGUGACUGAUGGCUACUUAUCUAAUAAUGAGGGAUCAUUUUUAAAGCUGCAAAAUCCUGUAUAUUUAGGAAGUGAUCCAACGCACAAAACUUCAGAAAAACGUUUCAUCCCCAAGGAAAGUGUUGUCGGAUGUAUACGGGAUUUCAGACUGAACGAGAUAGUAAUUGGAGAAGCAGGGGCCACAUAUGGAGUGUCAUCCUGUUUUAAUGGUCUGUCAGAGACUGGCACAUACUUUGGGGGCAAUGGCGGCCAUGUUGUAAUAGAUAAGUACUUCACUGUGGGCUCUCAUUUUGAGCUGGCUUUCGAGCUGCGACCAACGCAUCUGACAGGCCUUCUCUUCCACUGUAGAAGUCACAAGACCAGCUUUACUGUGUUCUUAAUGGGAAACAAGGUGGGUGUAGAAUUGAAUGAUGGUGAGACCGCUCUCAGCACCUCAGUGACUCCUCCACGAAACCUGUGUGAUGGCAAAUUUCAUGCAGUAACAGUGUCCAGAGGGAAUGAUUUCAUUCAACUGGAGGUGGACUCUGUAUCAGAGCAGAAGGUGGGCCCUUCCCCAACAAACCCACACUACACAACACUGGAUUCCCUUUACGUUGGAGGCAUAUCUGGUGCAAUAAAGCCAAACAGAGUCUCGGUGUCCUCAUCAUUUGUCGGCUGCUUGCGAAAUGUGAGGGUCAAGGGGAAACCUGUUGUAUUUGAUGCGGCCACCAGAGUUGUUGACCCUGUGACCAUAAAUACAUGUCCAGUGUACUAGAUGUACAUAAUAAGCGGCAAACCAA